CUUCAUUUUUAUCAUCUCUUGUUUCUCCUUUUUCUUCUUCUUCUUCUUCUUCUUCUUCUUCGUCUUACCAUCCCAACCAAAACCCUAGCCUAUCUUCUCUUUCACCAUGCUCUCCACUUUUCACUGAAAGUUUCACGCUUUCACUCUCCCCCCACUCGAUUCUUUAGGGUUUUGGUUCCCUCUGUAAAUAUGGAGAGAUCGGAUGGCAAAGAUUUCCACCUCUUCGCUCACCCCUCCUCCUCCUCCUCCUCCACCGGUAAUACACUCUUUGAUGCUUCACAAUAUGAAUUCUUUGGUCAAAAUGUUGGGGAAGAAGUGGAAUUAGGGGGACUGGAAGAUGAUCGAGAUGGUUCUCCUGUGUUUGGAUCCGUUGACGAUGAGUAUCAUUUGUUUGAUAAAGGAGAAGGUUUUGGAGCUAUACCUGAUGUAGACGAUAUGACUACCACUUUUGCAAAGUUGAACAGAGUUGUCACUGGACCUAGAAAUCCAGGUGUCAUUGGUGACAGAUCAGGAUCAUUUUCAAGGGAAAGUUCAUCUGCUACUGACUGGGCACAAGAUGGAGAAUUUGCGAGCUGGCUUGAUCAGCAAAUGGUUGAUGGUGAACAUUCUGAAGGAAAGAGAUGGUCAUCACAACCACAACCUUCUGCCCUUUUUCCAGAAGUAGAAUUAAAACCCUUGUACAGAACAUCCUCUUAUCCCCAGGAGCAACCACUCCAUCACUUCUCUAGUGAACCAAUACUUGUACCCAAAUCAAGUUUCACAUCAUUUCCUCCUCCUGGUAGCAGAUCUCAACAGGCUUCACCGCGUUAUCUGAAUAUUCCUUCUGCUGGUGGAACUCAGUCACCCUUCUCUGCAGUGAACCUCUCUCCUGCAUCCAACUCUAAUGUUCAUCAGGCUGGCUUAUCUCAUGGGUUGCAUCAUGGUGGAAAUUUGUCUCAGUUGACAUCUCCUGGCAUUUCUCUUAAUAACUGGCUACAAAAUCACUGGGUUAGUCGUGCUGGCUUAUUACAUGGAGACCACUCUAGCAUCUUACACAACAUAUUGCAACAACAGUUACCCUACCAAAAUGGCCUGAUGUCUCCACAAUUAUUUUCAGCACAGCAGCAUCUACAACAGCAGAGAUUGCACCAUCAAGCUCAGCCAUCUUUGGCCCACUUAGCAGCUUUCCAAUCGCAACUAUACAGUUUACAUCCUUCUUCACACAAAUUGAUGCACGGGUUGUCUGAUACUAGGGAGCAAAAACCAAAAAUAUCUCACAGAGGCCGACAUGGCAUGCGCCAUUCCCAAAGCUCUGAAAAUAGUAGCCAGAAGAGUGAUAGCGGGUGGGUACAAUUCAGGUCCAAGUAUAUGACUGGUGAAGAGAUAGAGAGUAUACUUAAAAUGCAGCAUGCUGCAACACAUAACAGUGACCCAUACAUAGAUGAUUAUUAUCACCAAGCUCGCCUUGCAAAAAAAUCUUCUGGAUCAAGGAUGAAAAAUCAUUUUUUCCCCUCACACCUGAAGGAGCUGCCAUCUCGAAACCGCAAUAGUGCAGAGCAUCACCUUCACGUUGAUGCUCAUGGGAGAAUUCCCCUAUCUUCUAUUCGUAGGCCUCGUCCACUCCUUGAUGUUGACCCUCCCUUGGGUCACAGUGAUGGAACUACUGAACAAAAAGCCUCUGAGAAGCCUCUGGAACAGGAGCCAAUGCUGGCAGCUAGAAUCACCAUUGAAGAUGGUUUUUGUCUUCUUCUUGAUGUAGAUGAUAUUGACAGGCUCCUACAGUUUAGUCAGCCUCAAGAUGGUGGGGCUCAGCUCAGGCAGAAGCGGCAGAUGUUGCUAGAAGGAUUGGCUGCUUCACUUCAGCUUUUUGAUCCACUUGGGAAAAGUGGUCAGACGGUUGGGCUAGCCAUGAAGGAUGACAUUGUGUUUCUAAGGCUGGUCUCUCUUGCUAAAGGCCGAAAGCUUUUCAUCAAAUUCCUUCAGCUUCUAUUUCCUGGCAGUGAGGUGACUCGAAUUGUCUGUAUGGCUAUUUUUCGUCAUUUGAGGUUUUUGUUUGGUGGGCUUCCCUCCGAUCCAGCAGCAGCUCAGACAACUACUAAUCUUGCAAAGACAGUUUGUGCAUGUGUUAAUGGCAUGGAUCUUCGUGCACUUAGUGCUUGUCUUAUUGCCGUUGUUUGUUCCUCAGAGCAGCCACCGCUCCGCCCACUUGGUAGCUCUGCUGGGGAUUGUGCCACUAUUAUUUUAAUAUCAGUUCUUGAAAGAGCAAGUGAACUGCUGGCCCUCGCAGCUGGUAACAUGCGUAACCUUGACCUCUGGCAUGCUUCGUUUGACAAUUUUUUUGAUCUUCUUUCCAAGUACUGCAUGAGUAAAUAUGAAACUAUAAAGCAAUCCCAGUCAAGCACAGACGUCAACAAUUCAGAGGCUAUAAAGCAGGAAAUGCCUAGGGAGCUGCUUCGUGCUAGUCUUCCUCACACUAAUGAGGAACAGCUGAAUUCUUUAAGAAAUUUUGCCAACCAAUGUGAGUCCAAUGCAGAGUCCAUUGCCUAUGCUGGUCGUGGUGGCCAAAUAAUCUCCGAAUCAGUUCGGGGUUAACAGGGAAUUAGAUGAUGAUGUGAUAUGGAAAGUAUCCAUGGCCAUGGGUGCAUAAUUCUCUUGGAUGCACUGAAGAAGUGAAUCUGCAUAGAAACAAAAUAUGAAGUGUAUUCUAGGAAGCAAGGGUUGUUCAUUUAAUUAGGUAGUCUGUCUUUUAAGGGUUUAGCAUUGUCUGUUUUAAUUUUCAGUAAAAUGCUCAUCUUGAAUUUAUGGUGAUGCAUAAGAAUGUAUUAUGAUGGAUGAUAGAUUGGGUGGAGUUAGUGACUGGAAGUUUUAAUCUUCUGGGGAGCUUUAUUUUGGUGCUCUGUGUUGGAACUCCAGACAGAACUGGAAGAAGGUGUAGGGAAUAGAAUGUACAGGCGGUGGUUUCACAAAAAACUUUCAAAACUCACUUCCGUUCCA